UAGAUUUUUGUGUAAUUAGAUUAUAUAUAUAUAUAUAUAAAGCCAGAAGAAAAAGGUAAACUGCUGGUUCUUGGGCAGCCGCUGUUGUACCAGCCAAGGCUAAGCCACACCAAUCUCUGCUUCUCUACCUCAUCGUAGCAAAAUAAACUAUAUACGUAACGUUAAACUAAACUAGGCUUUCCAAUCACAACUUCAAUCCCAUCCAUGAGGCCAAUUAGGCUUCCGGAACCGCCAAGCCCCACCACGGGCGUGCCGGAGAUCUUCGAGAGUGGCGCUAAUAGCGUCGUAAGGCGCGCCGUCGUUAUUGGCAAUGGCUUCCCCGGUUCAGAGAACCAGAGCAUCGGCUUGGUUCGUGCUCUUGGCCUCUCCGAUAAUCACUUCUUAUACCGAGUUACGAGACCAAGAGGUGGAAUGAAUGAGUGGCUCCACUGGCUUCCGGUUUCUCUUCACAAGAAGUUAGAUUAUGUUAUGAGACAUAUAUAUAAUUACUGGCGGCUUGUGAUCGCUGCUCGAGGGAAGAAACUGUCGGCUUUACCUUCGGAAAAUGGUGGUAGUGUGGGUUUGUCAACGGUUUUAGAAGCUGAUGUGAAGCAGAUAGUGAACAUGGCCCUUGAGACUUUUGAAAAGGAUGGCCCUUUAUUGGUGAUUGCAUCUGGUAGAGAUACUAUUUCUGUUGCAAGCUCUAUAAAACGUUUAGCAUCUGAUAAUGUUUUUGUUGUUCAGAUACAACAUCCAAGGUCUCAUUUGAACAGGUUUGACCUGGUGAUCACUCCACGUCACGAUUAUUAUCCUUUGACUCCUCAAGCACAGGAGCAGGUUCCUUGGUUUCUCCGGAAGUGGAUAACUCCACGUGAACCUCCAGAUGGGCAUGUGGUUUUGACUGUGGGAGCUUUGCAUCAAAUUGAUUUUGCCGCACUUCGUGUUGCAGCUAGCACAUGGCAUGAUGAGUUUGCGCCUUUGCCAAAGCCUUUACUAGUGGUUAACAUUGGGGGACCUACACGCUGCUGUCGCUAUGGGACUGACCUCGCAAAGCAGUUAACUGCCAAUCUGCUUAGUGUGCUUGCUAGCUGUGGGAGUGUCAGAAUAUCUUUCUCAAAUAGGACAUCCGAAAAGGUUUCAAACAUAGUAUUCAAAGAGCUUGGAAAUAACCCAAAAGUUUACAUCUGGGAUGGCAAAGAACCAAAUCCACACAUGGGACAUUUAGCUUGGGCAGAUGCAUUUGUCAUCACGGCAGAUUCAGUCAGUAUGAUAAGUGAGGCAUGCAGCACCGGGAAACCUGUAUAUGUCAUGGGAUCUGAGCGUUGUACAUGGAAGUUGUCUGACUUUCAUAAAUCAUUGAAGGAGCGGGGAGUGGUUCGGCCAUUUACUGGUUCUGAGGAUAUUUCAGAAAGCUGGAGCUACCCUCCCCUUAAUGACACUGCACAAGCUGCUCAUCGGGUGCAUGCGGCACUUGCUGAACGCGGAUUAAGAUUGCGGCCAUAAGAUGUGUUCAUAGUUGUUGUAAGCAUAUUCUUGUAUUUUUGUUUCAGAAGGGUAUCCACUCGAACUAGGUUUGUUACUAACAGCAAGCUUCAUAGAUUUUGAAGUAAUUCUUUCCCCUAUUGACGUUUUGGGCCCCGAAAUAUGUAAAAUAAAGGCUAUAGCUAAUGGCUCUAAUAGUGCGGCUUGUAUCAUAGGAUGAGUGGCUGAUUUUUUUUUUUUUUAACCUUCAGUUCUCUGAAAGUUAUUCCCAAUUGGCACACAUUUUCUGUCCUGAAAACAAGUUUUUGUAAUUAAACCGGUAUACUUGUUUGUGGUUGAUUUACAAAUUACAUACAAAUGCAAUGAAACGAAAUUUUAAUUGUGAUUUGUUGCUAA